CCCACCAACCCAACCACCAAAAUCCUCCAAUCGACGGCGUCACGGUCACCAAACACGAACAUCAAUACCGACAAGCCUAAAAUCCCAAUCAUGUCUUUCCAGCAGUACAAUGAAUUCCAGCAGCAGGGAGGAUCUGCUUCCCCGACCGGUGGCAACGCACCUGCAGGUCAGGUUGUCCCUCAGCCAGGACAGCCCAGCGCCUCCCCGGCACCCUACAACGGUGCCCCUCCUUCCGGCAACGGCAGCGCGGGCGACGGCAGCAAGACCACCCUCUGGAUGGGUGAACUCGAGCCGUGGAUCGAUGAGAACUUCGUUCGCAAUGUCUGGUUCCAGCUCGGCGAGAAUGUCAAUGUCAAGAUGAUUCGUGACAAGUUCUCUGGCAACGCUGGCUACUGCUUCGUCGAGUUCCAGACCCCUGCGGCUGCUGCCAAGGCUCUGAACCUUAACGGCACUCAGAUCCCAAACAGUUCCCGUCCCUUCAAGUUGAACUGGGCCUCCGGAGGAGGACUCACUGACAGGCGUGAUGACCGUGGUCCCGAGUUCUCCAUCUUCGUUGGUGACCUUGGCCCCGAGGUUAACGAAUACGUCCUCGUGUCGCUCUUCCAGUCGAGGUUCCCUUCGUGCAAGUCCGCCAAGAUCAUGACCGACCCCGUUAGUGGAAUGUCUCGUGGGUACGGUUUCGUUCGCUUCUCGGACGAGCAGGACCAGCACCGCGCCUUGACCGAGAUGCAGGGUGUCUACUGUGGCAAUCGUCCCAUGCGCAUCUCCACCGCCACACCUAAGAGUCGUACCGGUGCGUCCGCCGCUAUGCCGGGAGGUGCUGCCGGACCGAUGGGCAUGUACACCAUGGGUGCUCCCCCGAUGGGCUACUACGGUGCUCCCCAGCCCAUGAACCAGUUCACCGACCCCAACAACACCACCGUCUUCGUCGGAGGAUUGUCCGGUUACGUCACCGAGGACGAGCUCCGUUCAUUCUUCCAGGGCUUUGGAGAAAUCACCUACGUCAAGAUUCCUCCCGGAAAGGGCUGUGGUUUCGUUCAGUUCGUGCAGAGGCACGCCGCCGAGAUGGCGAUCAACCAGAUGCAGGGCUAUCCUAUCGGUAACUCUAGGGUUAGGUUGUCGUGGGGACGCAGUCAAAACAACUCGGGUCCGGCUGGCACUCCCUACCGCCCGGCUCCCCCUCCUCCCGUGUUCCCGUCGAUGGCCAUGCCGCCGCAGCACCAUUACCAGAGCUUUGCGCCUCUAAAGUAGUUUGCCUUUCUUUUUCUUCCUGUUUUUGAUUUUUUUCUUU